AUGUGCUCUCUCUCGCGCACUCUCUUGCGCAUUCCCUCUGUCACACGCUCUUUCUUGCGCACUCCCACGCGCUCUCUUACGCGCACUCCCACGCGCUCUCUUACGCGCUCUCUGACGCACUCCCUCACGCGCUCUCUCACGCGCUCUCUCAUGCGCUCUCUCACGCGCUCUCUCACGCGCACUCUCACGGGCACUCGCUCUCUCACGCGCUCCCUCACGCGCUCUCUCAUGCGCUCUCUCACGCACUCUCUAACGCACUCUCUCACGCGCUCUCUGACACGUGCUCUCUCACGCGCUCUCUCACGCGCUCUCUCUCGCGCUCUCUCAUGCGCACUCUCACGCGCACUCGCUCUCUCACGCGCUCCCUCACGCGCUCUCUCACACACUCUCUCAUGCGCUCUCUCACGCGCACUUUCACAUGCACUCCCACCCUCUCUCACACGCUCCCUCACGCGCUCUCUCACGCACUCUCACGCGCUCUCUCGCGUGCUCCCUCACGCACUCUUAUGCGCUCUCGCAUGCGCACUCUCACGCGCUCUCUCACAUGCUCUCUCACGCAAUCUCUCAUGCGCUCUCUCACGGGCUCUCACGCAUUCCGACGCACUCCCUCUCGCGCACUCUCUUGCGCAUUCUCUCUCUCACGCGCUCUCUCAUGCACACUCUCUCGCACACUCUCAUGCGCUCUCUCACGCACACCCUCAUGCGCACUCUCAGGCACACUCUUACGCACUACCUCUUGCGCUCACUCUCUCGCACUCUCACACGCAUUGUCUCUCUCACGCGCUCUCUCACGCACUCUCUCAUGCGCACCGUCACACGCUCUCUCACGCGUUCUCUCACGCGCUCUCUCACGCGCUCUCUCACGCGCUCUCUCACGCGCUCUCUCUCUCUCGCACUCUCACGCAAUCUCUCACUCUCACGCACACUCUCAUGCACUCUCUCAUGCGCUCUCUCUCACGCACUCACUCACGCGCUCUCUCACGCGCUCUCUCACGCGCACCCUCAUGCCCACUCUCAAGCACACUCUCUCGCGCUCUCUCUCUCGCACUCUCACGCGCAUUCUCUCUCUCACGCGCUCUCUGA